UUUGAAAAAACAAAACUUUUUAUAUCAAACUCACGAUAUUUAAUUGCCAUUAUGCAUUUUUUUUAUUGUUUUUACAGUAGGUCUGUUUGCUGGAGGUUCUAAUAAUUUUAUUUUAAUUUUUUUUUAUGUAAUGUUGUUCUAGUAGAUGCAUACAUAUAACUUAUCUUCCAACCGAAAAAGGAUGGAUUAUUUUGCGACAAACGCCAAUGAUCUAAGAAUAGAAAUUGUCGUGACGUCAUAAGCGCGACCGUAUAUCGACAGUUCUCCUUUUGCUUUUCGUGUGUGGGAGUCGGAGUGUCCAUGGACACACGAAACAAGCACUGGCUGUCGCGUCCACGUCUCGCGUUUGUUUGUAUUCUCAAUAUCGUCGCAUUAUUAUUGUAAAGCAGGUUUUAAAGAAUUUCAUGGGAGUAACUGAUUAACAAUUAAUUCGUGAUUGUUAAUUAAUUUAUCUUCGAUGAUCUCACAUACUUGAGCGACGUAUAAGUUUUGUACAGUAACGGUAUAUGGCAUGUUUUAAACAAUGGUAUGGAUAUGUAGAAGCGAGAGUUCAUUGUUCUGCGACGAGGCUUUCUCGUGAACACUGCAUGUUUUCUCAUGCGUUAAGUGUUUUAAGUUUAAAUGUUUCUUGACAAGAGCCAAGGAAUAAAUAUGUUAUUUUCAAUACACAUCAUCUAUAGAAUUUUGAGAAUACAACUAGGCACGGAAACCUUUCGUAAUGCCUGGGUUGUGCGUCACAGGCUGCGCGAUGUGCGCAUGCGCGAUUCCCUGGGUAGAGGCUAGCAGCCCGACACUGCACAGUGCUGCUGCGGCCGAAUAGUGCAGGUUUUGUAAAUGAUAUGCAGAGAAUGAAUGGAAUGGAAAUACUUAAAACACCUGCAUGUCAUUUACCUCAUCCUGCAACAGCUGCUUCGAUAGAUGGUGAUGCAACUGGCGAGGAAACCAUUUCUAAGAGCGCGGAAACUGGACUUUCUCUUGGCGGGGUUGUGAACCAUGCACGUUGCAAAGAACUUGUGUAUGAGCCACGUUCUGUGAUGACUGGUGUAUUUUCUAAAGACAUAGUAACAAAUAGUGAUGCCACUGGUGGUGCUGAUGCGGUGCAACUGAAUCCACAGCCUGGUGCAUUCUGCAUUUUGCCGUCUGAGCAGGAAGGCUCUCAGCCUGUGACCUUGGGGCACGUCGUGGAGGUGCGAAGUUGCUGCGCGGACGAGACAGAGGAAGAGGAGGAUUCUGCAGUCGAGAGUUUAUCAUGUGAAGUGACUGGGAUCACCGAGAUAUUAUCUGAAGCAAACGAUCGUUCUGAUGGCAGUGAUUCUGGGCUCGGCUCUGACCUUACGGAUGAUAGGAUCGUCAUCUCCACUGCAGAUUCUUUUUCGUCUUCUAGUUCUGCCGAUGAGUCGAGCGGUGUAGCAUCGGGGCCCGCCGAGAACGAAGACAGUAUCGUAAGUGAUAACGAAGCAGUAUUCUUGGAUUGUAUUUCUGCAGAUCUCGAGAUAAAACAUCAAGACAGCACGUUCAUCACUGGCAGUUCGCUAUGUUCCUACGGCACAAAAUCGGAGGCAAAAAGUGGAGCCAAACUGCCUAAUGCAGAUGCGCCAGUGACGUCAUCCCCAUUGCUGCAUCUCAAUUCUCCAUUCAAUGACUUUUCGAACGCAACUCAAUGUCUGAAGUUGCACAUCAGCAAUUUUGAAGAAAGACCCAAAAUUUUAGCGAAAGAGUCCUUGUGCUUCUUCGAGAUCCCAAACAUCAGUAACACGCAGCGUAUCGAGAUGGGCUCUGCAUUUUCUCUGGAUAGUAAAUCCAUUGAGGUGGCCACGGUUGGGGCGAAUGUAGCUGUCCAAGAGGUGCCCAAAGGCAGCUUGAAAAGACGGCACAGUGCAGAGGUCAUGGAAGAACCAAAGCCAAAGAAAAAGAAAUCAAUCCGCUUUGAUAAUGUGACUGUCUACUACUUUCCCAGGGCACAAGGAUUCACAUGUGUUCCUUCGCAGGGGGGCUCGACGCUGGGCAUGGCGUCCCAGCACGCCCACGUGCAGCAGUUCUCGCUGCCCGAGCAUGCGCUGGAGCAGCGACGCCUGCACCGACAGCUGCUGCUGCAACUGCGCAGCGAGCGUCUCAGCACCCGUCCCACCUCCUCCAGCGACGACUCGGACAGCGACGACGACCGCAGCGAUGCCUCAGAGUCGGAGCCCGACCUCGACGGCUACUACUUCCUCCAGCCCGUACCAACACGACAGCGGAGGGCUCUGCUGCGGGCGGCGGGGGUUCGGAAGAUAGACUCCCUGGAGAAGGACGAGUGCCGGAACAUCCGCUCAUCGCGCGAGUUCUGUGGCUGCGGCUGUAAGGGCUACUGCGACCCCGACACCUGCUCCUGUUCACAGGCGGGCAUAAAGUGCCAGGUUGACCGCAUCAACUUCCCAUGCGGGUGCACCAGAGAUGGCUGCGCCAACUCUAGCGGGCGCAUCGAGUUCAACCCGGUGAGGGUGCGGACGCACUUCAUCCACACGUUGAUGCGCCUGGAACUGGAGAAAAAGCAAAAGCUGGAGGAAGAACGUGAAGACGGGGCGACGAGAGCGGAGCAGGAAGUGGGGGCGCGCCGAGUGCACUGGGACACCAGCUUGGCCCCGUCCGCCUCCUCGCAGAUGCCCACGGUGAGCGACAGCACGGCGGGGCCCAAGUUCACCACUAGCGUUCUCCAGAACUUCUCCCUGGGCAGCGAAGUGAAGGUGGAUCCCUGCGUGCACGUAGGGGGCUUCGCCAACCUUCACUACCGGCCCCACGGAGAGGGCCUGGGGCUGACGACAGGCAUGGAGGUCCCCGGCAACACGUCUGCCUUCGCGGCCCCCGUGGCCGGCAAGUUGCCCGCGAGAGAGGACUCGCUGGAUCUCUACACCUUCCGGGACGACUGCUACUCCGAGGACAACAGUAGCGACCUGACCGUGGACCAUCUGGACUCGAACCAUGGCUUUGGGGGCCGCCGCAUGAACCAUUCGCUUCCGGGGAAGGCCAUCCAGCAUCAGGAGUUUGGUGCGGGAAGCAUGUUUCACUUCAGACAGCCAGUGACCUUGUCCCCUGGCACGUUCGGCCCCGCCUCACUAUUCCCCGAGAACAACAUGGCGGUAUACAACCACGCAGCUGCCACCGUUGGUUCGCUGGACGGGGCCUACGACGAGAGCAACAAGUACCCGCAGCAAUAUCCGACUGGCUUCUCUACCACGUUUGCUUCUCACCCGGCCGUGGGUGGAUUUAGUCAUUACAGCUCCUUGUACGGCCAGGAGUUUGCGGCCAAAGUGCCCGGUGGCGACAUCGGCGGCGGGGAUUACAAAGAUGGGAGCCUGAGCUCGGAAUUCCACCAGCCGCUGCUGGUGGGUGGCUCUUACGACACAUUCUGUUCACUGAGCGAGGGCUUUGCCUCGCAGGACGUGGCCAAGAGUUCUCAGAUGCCUGCUGGAGAUAGCUGCUACACCAAUCUUCACACAGUGUGCUCCAUGAGCAAGAAGUUGGAGCCUUUCUCCGAGCUGCUGCAGGGACGUUACUCCUACAUGGCGUCCUCGAGGACUCCCUCCGCGGCGCCGGGCUACGACGACUCCACCAUCCAUGGUCCGUCUGCCACGUUCACCAGCGGCGGAGGUGUGGAGCUGUCGAGCAGUCUGGCGGUCGCGGAGAAGGGCCAGUGUUCGUCAGAGGACGCCAACUCCUCCAGUAACGGGACGGACGAUUGCGUCGAGAAUUUUGGCGAGAUAAUCAAGAAGACGAUGGUGGAAACUGUUUCCGCUUGAAGUUUUAGAGACUACCAUCCAGAACCAAUUUAUAUUAUCGAGCUCAUUGUGUUAGUAGUCGUGUAGUUUAUUUUAAACGUUUGUUUCAAAAUGAAUGUUGUGUCUAUCCGCUGGCUGCAAACAAUGUUGUUAUUGAGUCAUUAUGUUUGAUAUGUUUGUUGAAAUUAUCAUCGAAUGCUGAGUUGUUUGGCGUUCUCAUUUUAUUGAUGAAUUUUUAAAAGUGUUGUGGUGCUGUUAAAUUGACCUGCGGUGCUUUCUCGACACUGUUAGGCCUAUGGUUUUUAUCAUUAUUAUGAUUGUAUCAUUGGCAUAAAAUGAUGACAGACGUACCUGAAGUGAAAUAAUUGCCUCUUUUUCUUUCUUUAUGCAUGUGUAAGACUUGUUUCCUGGAAAAGCAGAUAUAUAAUAGUGCUUGUACAAUACAAUCAUUUUCCAGGUGAAAUUUCUAUAGAAGUGUUACUAACCUGAAGUUGUUUUAAUAUGUUCAUAGUUUUUUGUUAAUUUAUUUACAUGCAUGUGAAUAUACAUACAUAUAUAUAUAAUAUUUCUGAAAAAUAUAUGUUUUUUUGAUUAUCAAA